AUAGAUUUCAGGUUAUGUUUAUAAAUUGAUGACACAAAAAUAUAAACACAAGAGUCAAAAAUAAAUCGUUAUUCAUUGUGUGAAAGUGGUGGAACAUUCAAAAUGUUACCUGGAAUCGGAGUGUUUGGAACAGGUCCUGUAGUCAAAGUGUUGGUCCCAGUAUUUCGGGAGAAUGGUUUCAAAAUCGAAGCUAUAUGGAGUCAAACCAAACAAGAUGCCCAAGAAGCUGCACGAGAGCUCAAAAUUCCAUUUUUCACAGACACAAUAGACGAAGUCUUGCUCCGCAAAGACGUCGAUCUUAUUUUCGUGCUUUGCCCCCCGAAUUUGCAUGCGCAGAUAUCCGUCAAAGCCUUGGGAAUCGGCAAACAUGUAGUGUGUGACAAGCCAGCAGGUUUGAACCAGGCCGACGCUCUGAAGAUGGUUGGGGCAGGACAGUAUUACCCCACUCUGAUAUCCCUCAUCAACCACUCAUUCAGAUUCUUGCCAGCUUUUGUACACAUGAAGAAGGCUCUGAAGGAGAAUUUCCUGCAGUCACCAGUGACUCUGAUCGAUAUCAGGAUUCAGAGCGGCAGUAUUUUCGGGGAUCUGGACAGCUUUGACUGGAAAUGUGAUGAUACUAUGGGAGGAGGCACCUUGAACUUGAUAGGGAGCCAUGUAGUGGAUCUGAUUACUUUCCUGACUGGUCAGAAAGCAGUGAAGGUUCAUGGGGUAGUAAGGACAUUCACUAAAAACACUGAUAACAUCAAUGGAAUAAGGAAUAUUUCCGCUCCAGAUUUUUGCACCUUCCAGAUGGAACUUGAAAAUGGUAUUUUGGUGACAGCCACCCUGAAUAGUCACACUGUGGGGUCAACAUUCAAUCAAGAUGUCAUGGUGUGCAGCAGCACUGGGCAUCUUGUUGUUCGUGGGGGUGAUCUUUUUGGGCGGAAGAAUAAGGGUACUGAAGAGGUCAUAUAUCUGGAUGUGGAAGAUUUGCAGAUUCCCGUUGCCAACACUGUCCUACCUAAAACCUUCGUGAAAGGCCUGUGCAAGAUGGUGGCCGCCCUGCGCGAGGCUUUCCUGCCGAACAACGAGAAAGAGGGAUGGAUCAAGGAGCCUGUGAAGUCGGCUGCCACUUUCGAGGACGGCCUGUAUGUUCAGGCGGUGCUCAGCGCCAUUAGGCAGUCUUCUCAGAACAGACAGUGGGUGAAAGUGAAGGUUCUGACUGAGCAACCGGACAAGAACGAGUUGCUGAGCGCAGUCGUCAGAAGGACUGCCAUAACUAUUUCUUAAAGUAUUUCUUUUACUCUCGAGAUUUGAAUCGUUCCGGUUAAGGUUGUUGUAAAUUUACUGUGAUUUCUUUUGUGCCCAAAAAAUUAACUUCCUUGAUUACUUGGGCCCUAAACAAAAAAUGAAAGAAGAAUUGAGAAUGAAAGGAUAAAUGUGGAAAGAAGUGUCCAUAAGUAAAGAUAGUCCUUUAAUGUCAUUGUUGGUUCACUCAAUGAAUAUUUUCUUUUUCAUUUGAAGAUAUUUGAAUAUAGAAUAAAUGUAUUUUAUAGGUAAUGUUGAGUUUAGGAACGCCAUAAGGCAGUCUUCUCAGACCAGGCAGUGGGUAAACGUGAAGGUUCUGACUGAACAGCCCGACAAAAACAGGUUGCACACACCGCUGAUCCUUCAUAAAUCGUAAUUGUCGAUGGUGGGAAUAACACUGUGCGAGGCUAUACUGCCAAAUAACGAAACACGGAUAAAUGAAUGAAAUCGUGAAUGGUGGGGAUAACACUUCGCGAGGCGUUUCCUCCGAAUAACGAGAAAGAGAGUUGGAUCAAGGAGCCCGUGAAGUCGGCUGCCACUAUCGAAGACGGUAUGACUGAGCAGCCCGAUAAGAACGAACUGCUUAGCGCAGUCAUCAGGAGGACUGUCAUAACUAUUUCUCAAGUUCUUUAUCCUCGUUCUGGUCAAAGUUAUUGAAAAUGUACUGUGAUUUCUUCUGUGCCCAUGAGCAAUAAUAUCCUGUCAAUAUCACUGUUGGUUCACUUCCAUUGAACAAUUCAUAUAUCUACCUACCUUUUGGUUUUUCCAAUAUUCUAAUAACUCAAAUUAAGUUAUUCAACCAAUUGGUAGGUACCUAUGUCUAAAAUUUGAGGAAUCUAUUCAGAUGCUUCCUUACUCACAUUUACCUUUUCAUCUCAAGAUAGACUCUGAAAUAAAUGUAUGUUGUUGGUGAUGUUAGCAAGGGGAUUGAAGAAUAUUUUGUUGGUGGUUAGCAAAACAAUUAGGAAUUAUGAAUCACUGAUAAAUAUUUUCCUACCACAUAAAAUCAAAGAAUGUUUAUUUUUAGUUUUUCCAAUGAUAUAUUAAAGCGAGUAUUAAAGCAUAUGUGAGCUGUGAUGUUUGCAUGUGAAGAAAAGCUCAAUGUGUUUGUAGUUUCAGUAACAAGUAUUUGGAAUUCUUCAUGAAUGAAAGAUCCCAAAGAAAAUACUUUGGAAAUUGAAUUAAAUCAUUUUAGAGAAUGCCAGAAUAUUUUUUACCAGUCUUACUGUUGAAAAUAGAAACACAAUAUUUGAUAAUUUCAAAGAGAUAAACAAAGAUAAUAAACAAUGAAUACCUAAUAUUGAAAAUGUCUACAAAUGAUACUUUGUAGAACGAUGAAGUGCAAACAAACAUUAAUAUAGUACAACAAAACAUUUAUCUGAAUUUGAUUAUUUUUCAUUCAAUGAUUGAUUGAACAUUAACGAAGUUUGAAACUAUCACGGCUCAACUAUGUAGAAGAUAACAACAUGAACAAUCGAUAAAAUUUUGAGUGCAUAAUUAAUUUAAAACAAUAAAUAAAUCAUCAUAUAAUUGACCUAUAUAAACAGGUUUCUAUUUACCAGUAAAUUUAUCUAAAAAUGUAUCACUCAUAUUAAAAAUACGCCUAAAUGAUUUCAUACACCUAGGAUAUCAUCAAUCAAAGAUCAAAUAAUAUUGAACUACUAGAUGAUCCCAACAAAAGGAGUGUGAGAGAGGACUUGAAAGGAACGUUAAAGUUAGAAGCCAGAACCAUCAGGGCGCAAAUAAAAUUAGAUGGAUAAGGAAAUAUGCAAAGUGAAAGCUUAUUCAAAGAUCUGAAAAUGCUU